AUGAAGCGGGCGGUGGUGCUCUUCAGCAUCCUCAUCGGCGUCUUCAGCAUCUGCUUCGUCAAGGCGGCGGCGACCGUCGCUGAAGAAGAGACGACGGAUGUGCCGCUCGAUGUGUCGUCGGAGCCAACGGUCGAGAAGCUGACGUGGAAGGGAUUCAUGCGCAACAUGACGUCGACCUUCGGGACCGUGCUUCAGAAGAUCUUCCCGCUCAUGGUUCGGGCCAGUUCGGAGGUGGAGAUCGGAGCGGACUGCAUGGCCAGCUAUCUGAAGGUUUUUCUGGGCCUUAGGAAGCUCAAGGGCUGGGCUGUGAGACUGGUGGACUCUUCCGGCAAGCCCGUGGACGGCCUGCUGGAGGGAACCCUGGCCUUCUUAGGGGCCUUCGAUGAGUGCCUGGACACCGUGGUUCUGGACGAGACCCUCCCGGAGCGGCUCUUCUUCCGGGGCCAGUAUUGCACGGCCCAGGUGGCGCCCAAGUGGGCCCUCAACGACCUCUUCCACAACGACUCCGAGGCGCACCGGGAGCUCGCCUCCUAUCUGCCCAAGAAAGCCAUGCUGAAGAAUGCGCUUCGUAUCCCCGGCAACCACGUGGUGUUCCGGAUCGGCCUCUGCGUGCCCUCCACGUGCUCCAGGGAGGACAUCGAGAAGAUCGUCAAGUACACCGUCAAGCAGAUCGACAUGAAGGCCGAGGUGACCGAGUGCCUCCAGCGAGACGGCGGCAAGAAGCUGACACCCAUCCAGAUCACGGUCAUAGUUCUUCUGCUCGUCUUCCUGUCGCUGACAGUAAUAGGAAGCUCCGUUGACGUUUUCCUGAAGGAGCGCCAAGUUCAAGAAAAGGUUCCCUCCUCAUCCGAGCGUGGGGUCCUGCUGGACUGUCUGCUGUGCUUCUCGGCGCACACCAACGCCCGCAAGCUGCUCAUGCCGGAGGACAAGGCGGGCAGUCUCGGGGCGCUGCACGGCAUCCGCUUCCUGUCCAUGACGUGGAUCAUCUUCGGACAUACCUACUUCUUCAUCGAACACGUCCAGCCCUUCCGCGGACUCUUCAACGGUCACGGCAUGUACUCGGAAAAUUUUUUCUUCUCCGGAAUCAUCAACUUCACGCUGGCCGUGGAUUCUUUCUUUCUGAUCAGCGGUUUACUCGUCGUCUACACCAACUGGAAAGAGCUCAAAGAGUCCAAGGGAAGGCUCAACGUGUUCCGGUUCUUCUUUAACAAGUACUGGAGGAUGGCCCCUCCGCUACUGCUCUCGCUAGGCCUGCUGUUCCUGAUGCCCGUGCUGGGCGACGGUCCCUUCUGGACGGACAUCAUGGGCACCGAGAUUGAGCUGUGCGAGCGAGCCUGGUGGUCCAACUUGCUCUUCAUCAACAACUUCUGGCAGUCCAAGGAGAUGUGCCUUGUGGCCACAUGGUACCUGGCAUGCAACUUCCAGUUCUUCAUCCUCUCUGUAUUCAUCAUCAUUCCGCUCUAUAACUGGCCCCGGGUCGGCAUCUUCAUCAACCUGUUGCUGCUGCUGGCGGGAAGCGUGGCCUCCGGAGUCAUCACGUUCGUGGCCAAGCUGCCGCCGGGACUCAUCUUCUACCCGGACCUCGACACCGUGUCUAACCUGGUGACGUACGUGUACCACAAACCGUACAACCACAUCGGCGCCUUCUGCGUCGGCAUAUUCCUCGGCUACUCCAUCGUCAAGUUCCGCAACGUCAAGCUCAAACCGCUCACACAGGUCACGGGCUGGUGCAGCUCGUUCGCCGUAGGCGUGGCCGUACUGUGGGCGGCGUACCGCUGGAACUCAGACCUGCCGCCUCCUCCCGUGGCGGCGCUGUACGCGGCCACCCACCGCGUCGCCUGGUGCGUCGCCCUCAGCUGGCUCACGUUCGCCUGCGUCACGGGCCACGGAGGCUUCCUCGAGGCUCUGCUAUCGUGGAAACCCUUCAAUGCUCUGGGCAACCUGGCGUACAUGGCUUACCUGAUUCACCCUCUGGUCAUCCUGUACCACUCCAGCAGGACGAGGGACCUCAUCUACUACAGCCAGUACGAGAAGGUGUACGCCUUCUGCGGCCACUUCCUAACGACGCUGCUCAUCUCGGCCGUGUUCUACGUGACCGUGGAGAUGCCAUUCACUCGUCUUGGAAGCAUGCUGCUCAAGACGCGAGUCUUCAGGAAGCCAUCGGGGGGACGAGGGGCCCUGGCUUCCGGUCGAGACAUCGGAACCGUGUCCGUCGGUCACACCAACGGCAAGAACGGCACCCUGGGCACGGCGCACGUCUCAGCACCGAAGGGACGGGUUAACGGAACAAGCACUCCGGCACAUACGGGUAACUUUCGAGCACACGGUCCAAAAGUUUGA